GCAGCAGCGUGAGCGAGGCGGCGCGGACGUGGGCGAUGGCGACUCCGCGGCGAGAUUCAACAUGACUGCACCCUUCGGGGACGCCCUGGGAGCUGGCCGCAGGGGCACGACGCUCCUGCCCUUCCUGGUGCCUUGGGAGGCCGGGCCAACUAGAGUCAACGACCCUUCCAUCAGUUACCUAAACGCCUCCUCUGAUCUGUGGGGAGACAACGCUACUUGCUGGGGCAACGCCUCCACUGAGUGCGCCCUGGCCAAUACCACUGCAGCGGAGGGCGGCGCCACCAUCCUGCCGCCCUUCGAGCUCUGGCAGACGGUGAUCAUUGCCAUCUGCCUGGCCUGCUGCAUGAUCCUGACAGUAGGAGGCAACCUGCUGGUGCUGCUCUCAUUCAUCGUCGAGCGCGCCAUUCGACAGCCUUCAAACUACUUCAUCGCCUCGUUAGCCAUGACGGAUGUAAUCAUCGGCUCGGUGUCGAUGCCCUUCUACACCGUCUACGUGCUGAUGGGCGAGUGGACGCUGGGUCCCAUCCUGUGCGACCUGUGGCUCUCCGUCGACUACACCGUCUGCCUCGCCUCACAGUACACGGUUUUACUCAUCACCAUCGACCGCUUCUGCUCGGUUAAGAUCGCCGCCAAGUACCGCGGCUGGCGGACGCGGACGAAGGUGAUGGUGAUGGUAGCGAUGGUGUGGAUCAUCCCGGUUUUGCUCUUUUUCAUCAGCAUCUUCGGGUGGGAGCACUUCGUGGGCUACCGCUCACUCCAGCCCAACGAAUGCGAGGUUCAGUUCUUGAGAGACCCGGUGUUCAACACUGCGCUUAUCGUCACCUAUUACUGGGUCACACUAGUCGUCCUCUUCGUCCUCUACGCCGGUAUAUAUAAAACAGCUUAUGACAUGCAAAAAAAGUCGGAAGCCAAACACAGAAAGAUGCAGACGUUGGUGGCCCUCAGCGCCGGUGGGAUGGCAGGCAUGGCGGGCCGCACGGCCGGUCUUGGUAUGAGUAAAACACAGAGUACAUUGCUAAGCCAAGACAAGCCGCCGGCCGGCCCGCCCCCUGUCGCCAAACCCGCACCCGCACCGGCGCCGCAGGGAGGCUCUGGUGUCAGUGACUCGUCUUCGAGUCAAAAAACCUCCUCUAAGACAACGGAAACGACGAGUUUUUCAGAGCGUCGUGUCGAACCAACAGAAAAAUCUGAACGAUCAAGCAGUCCGGCCUUUGACUCGGACGACGAGAGCAGUCAGAUUCCGUUGCCCAAAAGAUCUGGUCUGCCCAACAGCACGGUGCCACGCAUCGACCCACCGCCACAGCAUCGCAAAACACCAACCACAGACACUCUUCCCAAAAUCCCAGAACAAAGCGUACUAGACACCUCGACCACGUUGGAGGGCAGCUCCUCGUCUGACGCAGGCAUCGGCGCCCUGGCUGUAUGCUUAGCCCGGUCUCUGCCCAUACCCGACCACCAUCAUUCGCCGAGAAAAAAAACGAUUCUACCUGAUGUGGCCCUGCACGAGACUAGCCUGCAGGGCUCCGGAUUGCUGGAUGUGACGUUGGGGGCUGCCACAGCACCUCUGGCCAAGCGCAUGUCUGGCGAAUUUUCGAAAAAUGACGAUGAAAACAGUUGCCAUUCAGAUGAAACUCUGAGUGUGCAGUCUAACGAUGAACCAACACCACAGAAGAAGCCAUUACAGCCUCUUCACCCUACUUCCUUGCCUCUUAGACCUAUCAGUACCGUGCCUAUCCUUCCUCUUGCGGCUUCCACACCAACAGACGCCCUGGACGAGAGAGUCAUUGCUCCACCAGCUAUGUUUGCUGACAGUAUGAGCGUCAGCAGCAUCUGCACCACGAGACCUCCCUCUUCGCUAAACUACGGCCCGAUGGCCUACGAUAUCCUAACUGGUCUGGACACGGGUGAUCUACGCUUUAUGGACGAGUCAUCCAUCAUCCUCCCGUCGCCAGUAGUAGAGGACCCUCCCUCGUCUGUGUGGGCGGCUACUCUCCAUAGCCCGGCCUCGCCCACAGUGCGCUCCCUCACCUCCACGCUAGCCACGCCUCACAGCAUCCAUCGCAAGAUCAGCCGGAUGCAGUCGCGCUCAGAUGAAGAGGAUCUAGAGAUGAGCAUCGAAGAAGCCGACGAAUCGGCGGAUGCCGACGAAUCGGCAGAUGCCGAUGACGAGUGCUACGACAAGGAGGAAGUUUCCGACCACUCUACGAAUGUGUUGGUCACUUCCAUCAUUCACGCUUGCACUGCUGUCACCAGCCUAGCAGGAUCAGAUAGAUACAGAAGUCCUGUUAGUCCCUUAAAAGAUACUACUACUACUCCGGCCACUACCACCAACAACAGCGCACCCAAUGCGCACUACAACAUAGCGCCGGCUGCCAACAACUCCAACAGCACAACCUCCGCAGCACCAGUGCCACCCACUCCGCAGGUGCGACCGAGAGGGAUUAUGAGCGUGUCAGAGGCAGGACGGGCAGGCACCACCACCACGGCACCAACCAAUCAACUCAUCACCACUCACAAUGUCAACUCCAACAAAACCGUGACGAGUGUGGCGAGAACCGAAUCAUCUUCACUAAUAGAGAGAGACAAGAGUUCGAUAGCAGUGAUUUCUGACGCCCAGAGCUCGAUUAAGGGCUCAUUUAAGGGUUCCAGGAAGGGCAUCGUCAAGUCCAUCCGCAGCUUAAAGAAGAAGAAAAAGAAGAGCGAAGGGGAAAAGAGGCAUCGUUCUAAAUCAGAAAAUAGAGCUAACAAGGCCCUAAGAACUAUUUCCAUCAUCCUGGGGGCCUUCGUGGCUUGCUGGACGCCCUAUCACAUCUUGGCUAUCGCCGAGGGCUUUUGCCAGUGUACCAACACCCACGUCUACAUGUUUGCCUACUUCCUCUGUUACGCUAACAGCCCCAUUAACCCCUUCUGUUACGCGCUUGCCAACCAGCAGUUCAAGAAGACAUUCAUGCGAAUACUCAAAGGGGAUUUACACAUAACGUAACGCCAUGGCACGAUAGACUACAUCGUUGAUAUUUACUCAAUUAUCUGUGAUAUCUAUAGAGAGACCAUCUUUCAGUAUGGCAUGAGUGGUGUGUGUAUAGUGCUCAGUAUGAUGCGUGAACUACAGUGUGGUGACUAGUGCGCCGUGUACGGUAUGAAGCGAAUAGUGCGUUGCAUUUAGUGCCCGGACCGGGAGAGGGGGGGAUGUCUUUGUUCCAGUGCGGUAUAGAGAAGCCUCAUAAUAGUUUAGUUAUACCCCUAUGUAAUAUGAACACAUCACAGUGCAGUACGUUCAUGUCCUUAAUGCUGUGUACAUCUAACAGCAAUGUGUACAAAAUGCCCCCCGGGACAGUAUGUACACUACACCCUACAAUUUGUACAUGAAAGCUUCUAGGACUGUGUGCACACACAUAAAAUGUUAUGUACACAAGCCUAAAGACUGCGUACACACCCUAUUGCUUUGUGCGUACAUGUCUUAGUCCUGUUUGUACACAGCACCGUUCAUUAUACAUGCUCGAGUGCUCUAUUAAUCUCCUUUUGUGAUGAGUGCACAGAGUACAUUCCACCUGGUGUCUGGUGCCCCGCUGGGGGGUGUCUGGUGCCCCGCUGGGGGUGUCUGGUGCCC